AUGGUUUUAUCUCUCGACAAUGUUCCUGAAGAGAUACUCCACACUAUCCUAUGCUACAGCCACCCCUGUUCUGCGGCUGCUUUGCAGCAGACAGCCCAUCGAUUCGAACGUGCUACCAGCGAGCCUUUGUUGUGGCGAUUUUACUGCCAAGUGCAUUUCCAGUACUGGGAUAGUACACAUGAUAUAUUACAAAAAUUGUCGGCUCCCAUCUGUGCAGUAGACUGGAAGGCCUUAUAUGUAUCUAGACAUCUGACCGACUGCACUGCUAGUCUUCUCCUGGACAGUAUCCUUGCAGGACAAACGGGGAGAAUCGAAAAGUUCCGUGCACUUAUCGACCUUGGGUAUGAUGUUAAAGAUACACUUAUAAGGAACAUUUCAUCAGAAUUAAAGACAGAUGACCACUUAGCAAGAAGGUUUGUCUUAAAUACCUGUUUCUCCCUAGGCUUUAUUGAUCGAACUGUGGUGACGACUAAAAGGUAUUAUGGCAAGGUGCUCCUGACUUGUUUACACCGGAGUAUUGCGUUGCCAGUAUGGGCUAGACUAAGGAAUGGUGGGAACGUAGCCCUGGAACGAGCACUGGGCGCUUUCGACCUUUUCAUACCAGAGAGCGGAUAUGGAAGCCUUGACGAAAUAACUAACAAGCUGGAUGAAAUCGUUGGACGACUUUCCUCAUUAUACCCUAGCAUAAAUAUGCUCACAACUCGCGAUAAGGCGAGGACUAUCGCAGUAUAUUUGAAGUCAAACAACCUGACUGGUAUUCAACCAGAUAAGGAGUAUCAUUGCUUAGAGCACAAUUUCCUGGGUGUCGCACUGAAUGACCCGAACCAUAAUUCGCUUCCCCUAGUGUCUGCGGCUAUAUAUUGCUACAUUGCGCAGAGACUUGGUCUAAAUGCUCGACCUUGUGGGUUCCCUUUCCAUGUCCAUGUUAUUGUCAAACCUCCACCAGGUCUGGAUGUAAAUGGCAAUGUGCUGGGGCCCGGAGUUUGUGGAGAUCCUAUCUAUAUGGACCCAUUUCGUUCAGAUGGCGAGACACCAGUCACCAAUCUGCAAAGCCAGCUGAACUAUUUGGGGGCAUCUACCGUCGAACAGGCGACCUUUCUAGGUGAAUCUCGGACCUCGGAGAUCGUUUUAAGGUGCAGCAAGAAUAUAUUGAAUUCGGUCCAGCGCAUGCCUCAGUAUCCAGAUGUGCAUUUGGAACCAGUGGAUACUGUUAGUGCGAAGUAUGCUGCCCUUUGGUCGACAAUACUUCUUUCUGACCCCUCUCGGCCGGCCGAGUUUCGACAUCAUUUACCUUGGCUAAUGGAGUUAUUUGCCACGGAGUUUCCAUCUGAUAUAUACCUUGUCGAACGGUACGUAGUCCCGAUAUUUCGUGGGUUGCUCGAAUAUGAGCAUAUUCUAGAAAGUCUCCACGUCAUGCGGGCCGUGGACGAGAUUCCAAAGCAGGUGAAACGGCGUUAUUCUGGUCGAUGCGACGUGAAGUACCGCAUUGGUCAGGUUUUCCGACACCGUCGGUAUAACUACAUAGCUAUCAUAACCGGUUGGGACACUGAAUGCGAUGCAGGCGAGCAGUGGAUGAGGAGGAUGGGGGUUGAUCGUUUGCAGGGAGGAAGGCAUCAAAGCUUCUACCACGCUCUUGUCGAGGAUAGAAGCGUGCGGUAUGUGGCGGAAGAGAACAUUGAGCUUCUAGUUCCUGGUAUCUCUGAGCUCCCUACAAACCUUACUGCAGUCGCAGGGAGGCAUUUCAGGCGAUGGGACGAAGCGACUCGAUCCUUUGUGAGCAACAUCAAAGACGAGUAUCCUGAUGAUUGA